AUUUUAUUUAUUUUUUUUAUCUAUAUUGGCAAUGAAGGUAUAAGUGAUUUAUGAAUAGAUUAAUUAUUCACUGUAUACCGCUGAGUCCAUUCGAAUCUCCCGCGCACAGCUAGGGGGAAAACCCCAGAACACGAAUUCUCAAGUGACGGGCUUCAGUGAGAAUUCGGUCGCCAGGAAACCUUCGACUUCUUCUAACCUCAACUUUACGAGUGUUCUAGAGUGUCGUAAGCCCGACCACCGAAGACCAACAAUUCGAAGAAAAUCCGAUGUAAAAUUACGAAAAACCGCAAAUAAAUAAAGAAGCAACAGUAAUUAAACCCGACAACACUAUCCGGCGGCUUUCGAAUGGUGAACGUAGCGAUAAUUCCCAGUAAAAAGGUUCAAAAUAAGUGAGAAAACGUGUGACAAUCGUCGUAAUUGUUGGUUUGAUAAUUCACGUCAACAAAUUUCAUCACUGAAGAUUUUGGAAAAAGCUCCGAAUGAAUUUACACACCUCUCUGCUGAGAAGUAUUCAGCUUACAUUCGUAGAAAGAUUAAUUACAAUUCAGUUGUAUAAUUGACUCCGCGAUGAGUAUAAAAAUUUCCUAAAUUAUUUCUCAAUCACCAACCUUAAUUGUUUCAAUAAAUGCGCAAGAAUGAGCGAUAACAGUGGAAAGGUAGGUGAAACUUCCAGUGGAGAGGUUGUUAAUGGAAUUCGGAGCUGUAGGGAUUUGAGUGAUAUUGUACCACUGUACGUAGCUAAGGGGCUCUACCUAAAACCAAUAGCCAAAGUAAAUGUGUCAGUAAAUCUUCCCCAAUUAAAAACCCCAGGAAAACCAAUAUCAACAUGGGAGGUUAUGGAGAAAAUUCGUCUGCUGAUACGUCCCGACGAAUUUGCCUCUCUCAAAGUCACCAAGAGUACUCUGGAGUUUGUGAGGCUGGAGGGAGAGUUGACAGACAGAAGCAGAUUGCAGAGGGCAUUGUCAAGGUUAGAGGGACAACGAAUAAAUCUAGCUGGCUUCUCAAAUGUUUUGAAAGUACGUGCCGUAGAGGCCAAGGAUGAUUUUCCAACAAAACACAGUUGGGACUCGUACUUUCGAGAUGCCAAACACAUGAAUGAACUCAAGCCUGGAGAGAGACCCGACACUGUCCAUAUUACUGGGCUUCCCGUCAAGUGGUUUAGUGAGGAUGAGGGCCAGGCACCCAGUGAGCAAAUACUCAUGAAGAUGUUCAAGAAGUGGGGAACACUGAGAAGAAUUGAUGUGCCUGCUGCUGACUCGUACAGAUCAAGAAUGAGAUUGGGAAAUAAUAUUCAGAAGUGCAGCUUUGGAGAUGGCAUUUUCUUUGAUGUUUAUGUGCAGUUUAUUGAGUAUAUGGAUUUUGUUAAGCUCAUGGAUUCACUCAGGGGAAUGAAGAUUAUAAAGAAGGAGGGGCAGAGUUGUCUUACUGCUCAAAUCAAGGUUGAUUUUGACAAGACGAAACACAUGAGCGACUCCUCAGUUGCUCACAGGGAAUUCGAAAGGAAGCGACUGAUUGCACAAGACAGUUUAGCAGCUGAGAAAUUGAGGCGGAAAGAGGAGGCUGAGGUGCAGAGAAGAGAGGAGCAAAAGAAAAAAGAGGUCGCCGACAAAGAUGCUAAAGAAUCAAGAAGGAGAAAACGAGAGGAGAAAAGAAAACGUAAAGCUUUGACUAGAUUUAGAAAGCAGGAGGAGGAUAAAGUGUCCCUGAAAAUAGCUAGGGAAGAGAGAAAACUAAUAAAUGCACAGAGACAACUUGAGAGCAUUCGUCUGCUUGAUGAACUAUUCGAUAGAAUUAAAACUAAAGUCGAGAAGAAAGAGAUUGUAAUUGGGGGAAUGAGCCAGGAGGAUCAAAAACCUGGUCAGAAGGCGGAUAAGGUCGAGGAGACGUCGAAUAAAUUGACAGACAGAGACGAUAAAAAGAUGGGUAAGAAAAAUAAGAAGCUGAAGAAGAAGAAAUCAAAGAAGGAGAAAAAACGAAAAAAAAAAAAUAAAAAAGACUCUGAAAGUUCUAAUGACGAUUCAGACGUGGAGACUGAUAAGAAGAAAUUGCGUAGUGCCUUGGGUAGCAAUAACACAAAUUCCAUGGAAGUUGAUCCUGAGCUUGCUAUACCACCGAUGUACCCUCGUUUUCCACAGCCAUGGUUUUACGAUGCAGCAGCCAUGCUCUAUCCACCAAUGAGCCGUGGUGGGGGUGGCCCCAUGAAUCGAUAUCAGCGCGGUAGGGGAAGAAGUUUUCCACGUCGUGGUGGUAGAUAUCCUCGAUCGAUGCGUACAUUCAACCCCCACAUGUACAACGAGCAGUACUACAAGUAUUUUGCUAAUCUAGCUGGAAUAGAUUACUACGAGAGUGAUUACAAUUCAAAGUCACGUUCGCGUAGUCGUGGCCGUAGCAGAUCGAGAAGUAGAUCCAGAUCGAGAAGAAGGACAAGGAGCAGAAGUUAUUCCAGAUCGAGAUCAAGAUCACGUGAGCACAGACGCCGAAGGAGGUCGUCAUCGCGCUCGAGGUCUUGUUCAAGAUCGCGAUCGAGACGCUCCAGGUCCAGGAAAAAAUCAAGAUCAGUGUCACGAUCGCCCUCGAGGGAGAGCAAGAGGCAGAGUCGGAGGAAACGGAGUAGAUCGAAAGUGAAGGUGACGCGUGCUAAAUCAAGAUCGACGACACCCAAGAGGAAAUCCAGGAGUAAGUCGUGGUCGAUGCCAAAAUCACCGAGGCAACGCAGCUGCUCAUGGUCCAAGAAUGUUGAUGAAGCUGUCAAGGGUAGUGAAGGGGGUAAAGCCACGAGUGAAUCUAAGACUGCUGACACUAGUAAACAAGUUUGACAUUCCUUUUGUCACAAACAUCAAAUCAUUAUUUUCGAAAUCUGACGAUACCUCCAAGAGCACUUGGAAUAAUGAGGUUAUCUUUCCUACAUCACUCAUUUAAUUUUUGUAGUGGAAUUUUCUUCUUGAAAUUGUAAUCGUACUGAUAAGUUGAAAUAUAAUUUUCUUUGACUAA